AUGCAACCACUUAAAAUACUUUUCAGUGCAUUGAAUAGCCAGGGUCACGUCAACGCCUGCAUCGCCAUAGCUGAACUGUUGGCUCCUCGUGGACAUGAGAUCACAUUUGCUGUUACCAGUGGCUGGAAAGAGUUGAUUGAAAAGCAUAACUUCAAAUACAUUGAAAUAGUUGUUAAUGAACCUGAUGACGAUUUUGACAGUGAUUAUAAUGAUGAAAAAAAUGGAGUCAACGGUUCUGAUGAUAACAAUAACACCAACACCAAUGGAGUUAAUGGUCAUUCUGAAAACGGUGGAGAUACCAAAAAUAAUGAUGUUAAAGAUAAGAAAGCCACUUUUUUAAUUGAUUAUAUUUCAACAAUGUUUGCCGAGCUCCGACACAAGACCUGGGAUAGAUUUAAAUACUUUGACGAGAAAUGGGCUAAAUUGAAUUGUAAAUUGUUUGCCUUUUUUGGAGCACUCGAUGAACCCUUGGCUGGUGUCUUAGAUUCGGUUAAACCAGAUUUAGUUAUUGUAGAUACACUCUUUUGGUUACCUUGUUUGAUGAAAACGACCAUUCCUUGGAUAUCAUUGUGGUCAUGUAAUCCAUUGCUCAUCUAUGAUGAUUUACCUCCAUUUGGAAGUGGCUUCCCAACUCGAGGUCCCAGAAGUGAAUGGGAGGAAUUUGAUUCCAUCAACAGCGAAAAGUAUCGACCAGUUUAUGAACACAACCGUCGAUGGUUGGCAAAAAGAGGAAUCACGGUGACUGAAGAAAAGCCCAAAUAUCAUCUUCUUGAAUCACCAUUUCUGAACAUAUACAAUUACCCCGAAAUCCUGGAUUAUAGUGACAUCUGUAAAAAACCAGAGAGAUGGUUUCGGGUUGACUCAGCUGUAAGAGAACCAGAUGAAAAGAAUCCAUUCAAAGUACCAGAAAAUUUGGUCAAUAAACCAGGAAAAUUAAUUUACUUUUCCCUUGGUUCAAUGGCUUCGAUUGAUUUAGAGUUGAUGAAAAGAGUCCUCGCCUGUUUGGCCAAAGCACCUCACCGUUUCAUUGUAUCUAAAGGACCACUUCAUGAACAAAUUGAUCUGGCAGAUAAUAUGUGGGGAGAUCGAUAUGUUAAUCAAAUUGGUAUCCUUCCACACGUUGAUUUAGUCAUAACUCAUGGAGGUAACAAUACACUAACAGAGAGUCUAUACUUUGGCAAACCAGUGAUUGUAAUGCCUAUCUGCUUUGACCAACAUGAUAACGCUCAGCGUAUUGUUGAAAAAGGAUUGGGUUUACGUGUUGAAACGUACCAUUUUCAGGAUCACGAGCUUCUUGAGGCAAUCGAGAAGAUAUUGAAUGACGAUGAAAUUUAUGGCAAAUUGGCCGAUGUUAAAGCACAAUUGAGAGCAUCGAGUACAAGGGAUCAAGUAUGCCAAUUGAUUGAGCAAACAGCAGUUCUUAAAAGAUGUCCACUUUGA